ACACUGUGUCGACAAUAACACUCAUGUGUCAGGCGGUGUCUUCAACAUGUCACCGGAAUGAUGGUCUAAAUUUGUACCUCUUCAAAAAUCCAUCCAGAAGAAGAUAUAAAGAAAGUGUCCCGUGUCCGAUGAGGACACAGGUGAACCGGUGACAUCACACAGUCCACCUGCUGCUGCUGUCUCUGAGGGAUGUAGAAGGUUAUGGGGAUAAGAUGUGAUCAAGAGACACACGGGAGAGAGAGACGCCCAACCUGAGAGCGCAGUGGUUCCAGAUGGAGACAGACCUGAGGCUGGAGUCCAGCCUGUGGGUCGGGAACAAGAGACACCGGGCGGUGCUGACGGGCUGGAACUUCAACUGGACCGAGGUGGACAAGAAGAACCGUGAUAAGAAAACAAUUUCAGUCCCUGUGGCUGAGGUGGUCGGAGUGGAGGAGGGCCGGGUGGAGAUCCUGCCCCAGAAGUUGGUUGAAGACAAAGACAAAGACUUCACAGUUUUCUACGUGAAGCGCAGCAGCAGUGGGGGCUCUUCCGGGUUGCUAUGGAGACUGGGCCGGACCCAGUUCAGCUGCCCGAGUCGCGUCCUCAGAGACCAGUGGACGGAACACCUGAGGACAGCCGUCAAAACUCACAGUCCAUCACGGCCACAUAAACUGUUGGUGUUUAUCAAUCCGUAUGGAGGAAAGAAGAAAGGAAGACAGAUCUACCAUUCUUUGGUUGCCCCUUUGUUUGAGCUGGCUGGUAUCAGCUCUCAUGUUAUAGUGACUGAGCGAGCAAACCAGGCCAGAGACCACCUCCUGAAGAAAGACCUGACAGGCUUUGACGGUGUGGUGAGUGUGGGUGGGGAUGGCAUGUUCAGUGAAAUACUUCACGGUUUGAUUGGGCGGACACAACAAGAGUCGGGUCUUUGUGAGACUGAUCCCGCUGUCACCUUGCAGCCUUGUCCUCUUCACAUCGGCAUCAUUCCUGCAGGUUCUACGGACUGUGUGUGUUACGCCACAGUGGGAGUGAUUGACCCUGUUACCUCAGCGUUGCACAUUAUCAUUGGAGACUCCCAGCCGUUGGAUGUGUGUUCAGUUUACCACGCCUCUGCUCUGGUGCGUUACUCUGUGUCUCUGGUGGGUUAUGGCUUCUAUGGGGACGUGCUGGCUGAGAGUGAAAAACACCGCUGGAUGGGACCUCUGAGAUAUGACUACUCAGGUGUUAUGGUGUACCUGAGCAACAGAAGCUACACAGGCGUGGUUCAGUAUCUGCCAGCAGACCCAAUGCUCUCCAGCCCGAGAGAUAAAACACGCUGCCUCUCAGGGUGCAGUGUCUGCUCCAGAACCACAGAAAGACAUUUCCCCCAUGCCUCAGAUUCAGGAUCCCUGUACAGCGCCCACUACAGCCAGUUCAGUAAUGAAUCAGAAGGUGAUUGGGUGAGUGUGGAGGGCAGGUUCAGAUGUGUGUCUCUCACAUGUAUGUCCAGCUCGUGUCCCAGGAGUCCUCAGGGCCUCUCUCCUUCUGCUCACCUGGCGGACGGAACAGGGGACCUCAUCCUGGUGUGGGACACUCACCCGCUGGGCUUCCUCAAGUUCCUCCACAGACACACAAGCACACAGGACCAGUUUGACCUGCCGUUUGUGGAGGUCCACCGCGUCAAGGCCCUCCGUUUCUCCCUCCCCUCUUCUGGCAGAGAGGAGGAAGCGUAUGAUGGGAUCGCAGAGCAAAGUGUUGUGAUAGAUGAGGAGGAGCAAUCAUACGUUGAGACUGUCAGCGGGUGCGGCUCUCAGCUGCGAUUGGCAGAGAGCAGCGCCGGGCGAGAAAUGGCAAACGGGCAGAAAACUGCAAACGCCUUCCUGUGUGGCCUGUGCUGCAGUAAAUCUCCGACUGUGUCAGUGUGGAACUGUGACGGAGAGAUUCUGCCUUUUACUGAGAUCCUCUGCAGGAUUCAUGGCCAGUUGGUGCGUCUGUACGCCAGGGGCAUCGAGGACAGCACAGAGCUGCAGUGGGGAAAGGGACAAGUGUGAAAGGAGAUGCAUCCAACACAAAUAGUCUCACUUACGAAAAAGAGAGAGAGAGGAACAGUGAGGCAAGGUUCAUUUAUGAAGUUACAGACUUUAGAGACUCCGUCAUGGCCAAAGUGUUCCUUAUAUUUCAGGUACUUUCAUAGGUUUUCUCAUUGCAGUCAUGAAACAAGAUUAUUUAUUUGAAUAUCAGUGUGUGUUUGUUGGAAGAUAUUUUAGGACUUUUUAAAUAAUACAUACAAUCAUUUGUGGUGCAGUUUUUCUCUGCACAAAUCAACUUAUUCAACCCAACAGUGUAUUAACAGUGUGUGUUUAUGAAGUUUUUGUCCUGUACAUUUUAUUUGGGAUCAACUGAGCUGCCACAAAAAACAUCUUUAUACAAUAAAAACACUGUUCUGUC